AUGUCUCGUGCAGCAAGCAUGUCUCGUGACUUACUCAACAUUGAUGUCUACCAUAAAGGUGUUUUUUCUCCUAAUCCCUUGGUUUACUUUCAUCCUGAUAAAGUACCUGUUAUGGGGCUAGAUGUACGUAACAUGGAUUUCAAGGAGUUCAAGACCUAUCUCCAAAAAUUGAUCAACAAUAGAUGUCGGGAUAUGUAUUACUGUCUUAAAAAUCGAUCCCUCGUAGAUGGGUUAAGGGAGCUCAGGGAUGAAGAUGAUUAUGUUAGGUUCGUUGAUGCUGGGUUUGAUGAUGAUGAUAAUCAAAUAAGUAUCUACAUUGAUGACCAUCAUGAACCCUUACUAGAUUGGAUUGAAGAAGAAAAAGCUGAAGAAUGGGAUAGUGGUACUGAAACAUAUAAAGAUGAUGUGGACUCGGUAUUAUCGGAUGAUCUAUCGGUGGACCAUGAAGCUGAUGAUGAGGACAUUCAAUGGCAUGAAGUUGUUGAUCCUUUUUUGUCACAGAAGAAUCUUAUUCCACAAAGAGGCAUAGAGGAAGAAGCUGGUGCAAAUAAAGCAACUAUUGGUGAAGGGGCUGUUGAAGAAGGGGUUAGUCAAGAUGGGAUUAGUGAAGAUGGGGUCAAUGAAGAUGGGGUUAGUGAAGAUGGGAUUGGUGAAGAAGAGGCUGUUGAAGAAGGUGAUAUUGAAGACCACCAGGAGGAUGAAAUUGAACAUCAAGAGGAUGAGAUUAACCAUCAAGUAGAUGAAAUUGACCAUCAAGAAAAUCAUGUUGAAGGCCAUCAAGAAGAUCAUAUUGAGGAUCAUCAAGAGGGGGUUGUUCAAGAUGAAGCUCACCACAUUGAAGUUGUUCAAGAUGAAGCUAACCAUGAAGAGGCUGUUGACCACCAUAAACCUGAUUUUGAUGAAGUUCAUCACUAUCAGCACCAACCUGUUUUUUUUUCAGCAUUUUGUUGCUAA